AUGCAAAUCAAACCGAAAACAAAACUAAAAGCUCUAGGAUGUAAAAAGAUAUCUAAUAUUGACCCUUAGAUAUUAAAUGAAUAAUCAGUGCUGCUUUUUUAAGACCCUCACCCAUAAAAUGUUAGAAAAAAUCAUGGUGCUUAAUUUUUUUAAAACUUUGUUGAUGAAGUAUAAGCCAAAUAUGACAAAGCUAAAUGGUCGGAAGAUAAAUAUUUAGUGUUGAUUCAAAUAGACCCAAUACAAACAGAAGAGUACGACUUAAAUCUCAUUACCACUGCUUUUGAAGCUUUUUAUUUAAACAUGAAUAUUGUUUAACUAUAAGAAAGAUUAACUUUAUUAAAAGAAAAUGAUGAUUAUUUUCUAAUAAAUAAUACAUACAAUAUAAAAGAACCAAUUAAAAGCUUUAAAAAUGCUGAUGGUGAAAAAAUUAAUUUGAGUUCCAGUUAAAUUAUUAAAACUUAAAGAUUAUUGUUAAAACUCUUUUUAAAAAAUAAUGAUCCUUCUAUAUCUGGCUGUUAACUCACAACCUAAAAUUUGUUUUCAAGUAUUAGCUUCAUUGAUCACCCUAUAGUUUUAGAAUGCGUACCAGAUAAUAUAAUUACUGGAAGAGCUCAAGGUUACUAAGGUGCUGUUAUUGGAGUGAAAGAUUGUGUGCAAAGAGAAAUUAUAACAACAGCUCUACACGAGUGUCUUCAUAUUUUAUCUGUUCAUCACUGUAUUUGGUGGGAUUGUAUUAUGAAUUUUAGUUAUGAAUAUAGUGAAUACUUUUCAAGUGGAGGAUCAAUACAUUUAUGUCCAAGCUGCUUAUCUAAAGUUAAAUAUUAGCUUGAUUUUGAUAUUCUUGAAAGGUAUAGAAGGCUGUGUCGAUUUUUUACUCUAUGUGGCUAUACUGAUGAUUUAAAAUUUGUUUAAUAAAUUAUGAAUACCUUCUGA